GCCGAAUGGUAGAUCCAAGUUAAUUUUAAAUUUAGAUUUCUAAUAAAUUUAUACUAGUUAUAGUAAAAACAGAUCUGAUGCACUGUAUUGUUUCUGAUGUAGUGCGAUAGGGCUUUGCGGCCAAAUCUGGGCAAUAAUCAGUAAUCAACCAUGCCGGGAGAUUCGAGGAAAGAUUUUGUUUUGGUUACAACAGCAAAUUACUUUGGAGUCCAAGUAAAUGAUAAUGCAAUCACAAAUCUAUUUAACACACCAUCAUUAAAUAAUUUUCUUGAUGAUGGAAGCACAAUGGUCUUGGCUGGAAGGAUUGAUCCUAAAAAAGAGCACAGAAUUGAGUUUCAGAAUAAGGUUGAACCAACAGAUUCCAAAGAGCGCGUGAUUGUUUUCUUUAAGAUUAGACCUGAUCCAAUCACACCAGACAAUGUGCAGACAAACAUCAUUGUAUCUUCCAUGAUUGACUCCCCUUUAAAUACUUUGUAUCAUGCUGUUCAAAAGGUCUAUGCACCUUUGUUACUGGAUGAUGGCAAGUAUAGCAGAACCAUUGACCCCAAGCUUCAGAGCCUACUCAGUGAACUAGAGGCUGGGCUCGGCUCAGCCAUUCGUAAAAGGGAUCCAAGUUUUAAAGGGCGAUCAGAGCGCGAGGAAAAUUUAGGAAGUAUUUUAACUCCCAUGGAUGAGUUUCAAUACUGGCAAGAAGUAUCUAGAUCAAGUGCUGGAGGGGACUUGAAAGAGGCAGCUGAAAGUUAUUCAGAAUUAUUUGCCCCCAUUUCAAAGGAUUAUGGGGGCUUAGAUGCCAUGCCAUUGGUUGAUGGAAUGGAGCUAGUAGAACUAACACAAGACACAUUAGAUGAUGUGUGGAAGCAGAGUAGCCCCCCUUACCCAGAAGAAAGAAUGAGGCAUCUUAUGGAGGUUAUUUCUGGAUCUCUAGGCAGAUAUGUCCAGCAGAAACUAGCAGGGGUCAAUAUGUGGACAGGCCAGUUUAACUCUGUGCGUGAGUCUUUAAGGCUAGGGAUAGCCCUCUGUGAGCGCUGGACCAAUGCAUGUGAAACCUUGACCGCCCAGUUCUGGAAGAGGUAUGCACCACAUCCAUGGAAGGGAGAGAUCUGUCGACCAAAAUCUCUUAAAAAGCUGGGAGAAAGACUUGAGGAGAUUCUGUCAAUCAGAACAGUUCAUGAGCAGCUGCUGAGACUUUUGACUGCCCAAGAGCAGAAAGAACUGGGUGUGUCUGAGGCGUUCACCCCCUUCCUGGGUCUGAACCCCCUGCAGUACAACCCUUACACCCAACCCCUUUGGGCCGCAGCAGUGCAGCAGUAUGAGCGCUCUAUGGAGCCAGCACAGCAGAGGAUUGCAGGCAAGCUGAGAAACCAGUUCCGACAGUUGGAUCAGAACCCACAACAGCUUCUGAGAGAGUUCCAGAGAUACAAAGAGCUGGUGAAACGUCCAACAAUUACAAAAGAAUUGAUGGCAGAAAGAGAAACUCUCCUUGGUCAGCUGAUCACAUACAUACGACAGGUCAGCGAAGAGUUCAACUCUUGCACCGGCAGAGGAGGCAGUGGAAAAAUUCCAAAGGGAAAAAAUAAUCCUGAAAUUGUCAACAACAUCAUCUAUGUCAGACAACUUGAAGCUAAGAUUGAAGAAACUCGUUUGAUCGCUGAUGCACUGCUGGGAGACCUUGGGGGUUUCCAGAAGUUUCAAAAAGACAUGGACAGCUUGAAGGAGGAUCUCCAAACUUGGCGUCGGGACCAGUUUGAUGAGUGGUCUCGUGAUAUUCAGGCUUUGAUAGAUGACCAUCGCAACCCUUUAAGCCUUGAGACCAGUGGCAAGCUGAUGGAGUUGAACCACAGAGACGGCAAGCUGAUUGUCAACUACAACGAGAGGCUGGUGACACUGCUCAGAGAGGUGCGGCUUCUGGGCUCCAUCGGCUUCUCUGUGCCCGUCAAGAUUCAACAAGUGGCAGAGACCGCCCAGAAGUUCUACAGGCAUGGUGUCAUCCUAAAGCAGGUGGCCCAUUUCUACAACACCAUAGACCAACAGAUGCUGCCCUGUCAGCAGGCCAUGAUGUUGGACUCUGCCAUGGCAUUUGAAAAGUUGGUCAAGAGCCCUAAAGCAGGUUACAAGGCCAAAGGUGAAGACAUCCAAGUGACAUGGGACAACCCAGAACAAAUGGAGAGCUACAUCAAAAAGUUGCAGACAGCAGCAGACAGACUCACAACUGAGAACAGAAAGCUGAGAAAAGUCCAUUUUGUCAUCUCACAAAAAGUCCAGCAGCUGAUGGGCAUUGACCUGCUGCGCCAGCCCCAGCGCUGGAAGGAUGGGGUCAUGGAGGUCAGGCACCUCAUGUCCUCGCUGGUUCAGCAAGGCUUCGCCAGCGAGAACAUGACCCCGUGGAAGGCCCACUGGGACAGGCAGCUGUACAAGGCCCUGGAGCACCAGUACCUGCUGGGGCUGGAGGCUCUCAAUGAAAACUUGCCAGAGAUCAAGGUCGAGCUCACUUUCAGGCAACAAAAGCUUCAGUUCCGCCCACCAUUUGAAGAGAUCAAAGCUAGGUAUUUUAGAGAGAUGAAGAAGUUCAUCAACACCCCAAAUGUCUUCAAAGGUGUGGGAGAUGGGACAGUUGAGCUCAUCUUCCCUGCCAUCAUUGACCACAAUGGCCAGAGUUUUAUCACCUGCUACAGAAAAGCUGAUUUACUUUUUACCAGGUUGGCUGCUGUUAAGGACCAAUUUAAGGACUGGGUUGUGCUGGGAUCUCUAGACCUGGACCAGUUUGUGGGAGACAAUUUACAGGAGCUGUCAGACUGGGAGAAAAACUUCCGAGCCUUGAAAGCAAGGGGGAGAGAUGCGGAGAAACUACCCAGCCAAAUGAAAGUGGACUGCAUCAUUGUCAACACCAUGCCGGUCAAGUCUGUGGUGGACGACCACAUCCAGCAGCUGUUUGAUGCCCUGCUCAGCUCCCUGCGCAAGUCCAUCAGCCAGGACGUCACCCAGAUUGACACGUUCGUGUCCGGCGCCACAGAGACCCUCUCGCAGAGACCACAGACUGUUGAGGAGAUUGGAGCUGCUAAUGCCAAACAUGCAGAGUUCAGUGCCACCAGGAAGGAAGUGAAGCCAUUGUUUGAUAAAGCUGAAAGUAAAAACAAACUGCUGAGGUCAGUAGCAGGGGGUGGGGUGGAUUCCUUGACCCAGCUACAGAGCAGAUGGGACAAGUUUGAGAUCAUGAUGGAGUCACACCAGCUGAUGGUCAAAGAGCAGGUGGAAGUGAUGAAGAGCAAUGUUCAGUCACGCGUGAAAGCCUUCCAACAGGAAGUUGAGAAGUUUGCUGCCAGGUGGCACCAGUUGAAGCCAGGUGACGACGCCCUGGACGGGGACAAGGCAACUCUGGACAAAGCUGUUGCUGUAAUCAAGGAGAAGCGCCAAGAAUUCCUGGAAAUUGAAGAGAACAUGAAAAAACUUGUCUCAGAUUGCCAGCAUUUUGACAUUGAUGUGCCAGAUUUCUCUAAUGUUGAGGAGCUGAAAGAGGACAUGGCACGCUGUGAAGGAAUGUGGUCACUCUAUGAAGAGUUUAACUCUGGGCUGCAGGAUCUGGCCAAAGAGGACUGGAUUUCUUUCAGAUCUAAAGCUUACCUGUUUGAAGAGUUCCUGGGUGGCUGGUAUGAGAAGCUCAAAGCAAGGGAGACUACUACCAUGACUGUGAAAAUCCAGAAGGACAUAGAGACUUACAAGAAUGUUCUCCCAGUGUUGAAGUGGGUGCGGGGUGAACCUUUGUCCCAGGACCACUGGCUGGACAUGUUCAGACUGCUGCAACUGCCAAGGGGAACCACUCUGGAGAAACUGACCUUUGGCCACAUCCUGUCUGUCAGUGACAACAUCAUCAGGAACGCUGACGCCAUCAAGGAGCUCAACCAGAGGGCUCAGGGGGAGGUGACCAUCCGCGAGGCCAUCAGGGAGCUGGAGCUGUGGGGGGCCGGGGCCGUGUUUGUCUUCACGGAGUACGAGGACAGCAGCAAGAACAAAUUAAAUCUAAUCAAAGACUGGAAGGACCUGGUCAAUCAGGUUGGAGACAACCAAAGCCUCCUCCAGUCCCUGAAGGACUCGCCCUACUACAAAAGUUUUGAAGACAAAUCCUCCGUCUGGGAGCAACGACUUGCUGACCUGGAUGAGUACCUGCACAACUUGAACCAGAUCCAGCGCAAGUGGGUCUACCUGGAGCCCAUAUUUGGCAGGGGGGCGCUGCCGAAGGAGCAGGGGAGGUUCAAGAGAGUGGACGAUGACUUCAGGGCUAUCAUGAGAGAUGUCAACCGUGACAACCGUGUCUUGUCCCUGGUCAACCAGUCAGGUCUCAGAAACCUCCUGGUCACCAUGCUUGACCAGCUGCAGAGGUGCCAGAAAUCUCUCAACGAAUUCCUCGAGGAGAAAAGAUCUCUGUUUCCACGAUUUUAUUUCAUUGGUGAUGAUGAUUUGCUGGAAAUUCUGGGCCAAGCCACCAACCCAACAGUGAUCCAGUCCCACCUGAAGAAGCUGUUUGCUGGCAUCCAUGCUGUGGAGUUUGACCAGGACAACAGCCACAUUGUUGCCAUGAAAUCUCUUGAUGGGGAAGUUGUGCCCUUGAAAAGAAAGGUCAAGGUCACUCCUGAAGUAGAGGUUUGGUUGGGCAAACUGGCAGAUGAAAUGAAAGACACCCUGAAGGAAUGUCUGACAGCCUGUCUAAAAGAUGCCAAGUCAAGUCGAGGUGGUCUGGAUCCAAAUAAAUAUCCUUCUCAGAUCUUGUGUUUGGCCGAGUACAUCAGGUUCACAGAGAACUGUGAGGAGGCCAUCAAGAGAGGCUCCCUGCGUGAGCUGAUGGCCGAGGUGGACGGUCAGCUGGAGAGCUACACAAAUGUUGACCUGGGCAGCAUGCAGAGCACAGAGGCUCUUGUACUACAGCUGAAGCUGAAGGCCCUCAUCCUGGACACAAUCCACAACAGAGAUGUCGUCAAACAGCUCAUGUCAUCAAAUGUCAAGAGCCCACAGGAGUGGCAGUGGCAGAAACAGCUCAGGUACUACAUGAGGAAGGACGGAAUGUGCAUCAUGCAGAUGGUGGACUCUGAGUUUGAGUACACGUAUGAGUACCAGGGCAACGCAGCCAAACUGGUGCACACCCCAUUGACUGACAAAUGUUACCUGACCCUCACCCAAGGUAUGCACAUGGGUCUGGGAGGCAACCCUUAUGGCCCUGCUGGUACAGGUAAAACAGAGUCAGUCAAAGCUUUGGGUGGAUUGUUUGGUCGUCAAGUUCUGGUCUUCAACUGUGAUGAGGGCAUUGAUCUGAAAUCCAUGGGAAGAAUUUUCAUUGGCUUGGUGAAGUGUGGCGCCUGGGGCUGUUUUGACGAGUUCAACCGUCUAGAAGAGGCCGUGCUGUCCGCUGUCUCCAUGCAGAUCCAGGUCAUCCAAGAUGCCAUCAAGAACAAGGCCAGGUCCAUCGAGCUCUUGGAGAGAAAUGUGAAUAUCGACCACAACUCUGGAAUCUUCAUCACCAUGAACCCUGCAGGUAAGGGCUACGGGGGCCGGCAGAAGCUACCUGACAACCUGAAACAGCUGUUCCGGCCAGUGGCCAUGUCCAAGCCAGACAAUGACCUCAUCGCUGAGGUCAUUCUCUUCUCUGAAGGCUUUAAACAGGCGGAGAAUUUGGGCAGGAAGCUGGUCAGCAUUUUUAAUCUCUCAAAAGAGCUGCUGACUCCCCAACAACACUAUGACUGGGGUCUAAGAGCCCUCAAGACUGUGCUCAGUGGGUGUGGCAACCUCCUGCAGAAUGUCAAAAAGUCAGGCAAGGUGAAAGCUGACAGCAGCCUGGAGGCCAAACUUGUGGUCCAGGCCCUGAGGAUCAACACGCUGUCCAAGCUGACCUUCUCGGACAGCUCCAGGUUUGAUGCUCUGGUCAGGGACGUCUUCCCUGGUGUGGAGUUCAAGGACAUUGAGUACGAGACCCUGGGCAACGCCUUCAAGGAAGUUUGCCUAGAGAACAACCUGCUGGUCAAUGAAAACCAGGUGAAGAAAGCCCUGGAGCUGUACGAGCAGUUGCGUCAGAGAAUGGGAGUUGUGGUUGUGGGCCCUAGUGGCUCUGGCAAGACAACCCUGUGGAAACUUCUGCGCCAGGCCAUGAUGAAGCUGGGUAAAGAGGUCAAGCAGUACGUCAUGAACCCUAAAGCCAUGCCCAGAACACAGCUUCUAGGUCACAUUGACAUGGACACCAGAGAGUGGACAGAUGGUGUACUCACCUACAGCGCCAGACAGGUGGUCAGGGAACCGCAAGAGGUGCAGUCAUGGAUUGUGUGUGAUGGUGACAUUGACCCUGAGUGGAUCGAGUCCUUGAACUCUGUCCUAGAUGACAACCGGCUGCUGACCAUGCCAUCAGGGGAGAGAAUCCAGUUUGGUCCUAACAUCAACUUCCUGUUUGAGACCCAUGAUUUAAGCUGUGCCUCUCCUGCUACCAUAUCUAGAAUGGGCAUGAUCUUCCUCAGUGAUGAAGAUGUGGACGUGAAGGCACUGGUCAACUCGUGGCUGAAGAUGCAGCCUGAGAGUGACCAGAGCAAGUUGGCUGGCUGGCUGGAGGAUCACUUCUACAGGGGUCUGCAAUGGGUGCAGAAACAGAAUGAUUUUGUAGUUGAGACCAGCCUUGUGGGGAUAGUCCUGAAUGGCCUCUCCCACCUGCAUCACAUCUCCACCAAAGCCCAUUUUGCUGUCAGCCUCAUCCAUGGGCUGGGUGGGAACCUCACAGAGGGCUCAAGGGAAAUCUUUGCCAAAGAGGUUUUUUCCUGGACCAAUGAGAGUCCACCAGAUGCCAGACACCCAUUGGACACCUACUACGACGACAAUCUGGGCCGCCUGAUGCAGUACAACAUUGAGAAAAAAGAUGAGCUGCGAGUGGAAGAUUUUCAGUCAUCACUUCCUGUCAUACAAACUGGAGAUGUGCAGAAGGCUCUAGACUACUUCCUGCCCUGGCUGGAGGCUGACAACAAACAACCUUUCAUCAUUUGUGGACCAGAGGGUUGUGGCAAGGGACUUCUACUGAGGCAUGCCUUUGAGAAGCUGAGGUCCACCCAGGUGGCCAUGGUCCACUGCAGCGCCCAGACCAGCCCCUCGCACAUCCUGCAGAAGCUCAACCAGAGCUGCAUCUCCAUCUCCUCCAACAUGGGCAGGGUGUACCGGCCCAAGGACUGCGAGCGUCUGCUGCUGUACCUGAAGGACAUCAACCUGCCCAAGCCAGACAAGUGGGGCACCUGUCAGAUGAUUGCCUUCCUCCAGCAGGUUGUGACAUACAAUGGCUUCUAUGACUCGAACCUUGAGUGGGUUGGCCUUGAGGGUGUCCAGAUUGUGGCCAGCAUGAACGCUGGGUCAACACUUGGCCGACACAAGCUGACCCCCAGGUUUACAUCCGUCGUCCGCAUUUGCAACGUGGGAUACCCAGACAGAGACCAGCUACAGACCAUCUACUCCGCCUACCUGAAGCCCAUCCUCCACAGACAGCUCAACAAACACACCAUCUGGGGCAGCAGUGCUAAAGUUCAUGCCCUGGCUAACAGCAUGAUCCAGUUCUAUGAGCAGCUGAGGUCAAGGUUCACAGUGGAUGACUACAGUCACUACCUGUUCACGCCCAGAGACCUGACCAACUGGGCCAUGAGCCUGCUCAGGUACGACCUGACCGCAGGUGCCAAGGACAACACCUGCGACACCGUGCUGGAGGUGUGGGCCUACGAGGCGCGCAGGCUGUUCCGUGACAGGAUCGUGGGCCAGGACAACAGAAGCAAGUUUGACAACAUGCUGCAGUCAGUCAUUCGCUCGGAUUGGUCAGCCAACAUCUUCGAUGAUAUAGACAAUACUUACUUUGUAACGUGGGGUGGUAGGCUGGAGUCUGGCGCCCCCUCCGUGGGUGCCGGGGCCCCCCUCCCUCCACAUGGUAAACCUCUGGGCAAGCUCUCCGAGGAAGAUUUGAAGGCGGUCAUUGAAAAGGGGAUCCGUUUCUACAGCCAUGAGAACAGACAGCUGGACAUCCUGAUCUUCCGUGAGGUGCUAGACAACAUGGCCAGAGUGGACCGUGUCCUGACCAAACCUGGCGGCUCCCUGCUCAUGGCAGGAAGUAGCGGGGUGGGCCGGCGCACGGCUGUCAGUGUGGUGGCCCACAUGCACCAGAUGCACAUGUUCUCACCCCGCGUGUCCCGAGGCUACGGCAUCAAACAGUUCAAGAAUGACCUCAAACAGGUGAUGCAGCAGGCAGGUAUAGAAGGUGAGCAGGUGGUGCUGCUGCUGGAGGACCACCAGUUUGUAGAGCCCCAGUUCCUGGAACUGGUCAACAGCCUGCUGUCUGCUGGCGAGGUGCCAGGCCUGUACACCACGGAGGAGCUGGAGUCCCUGCUGGGCCCCCUGAGAGACAUGGCGUCAGAGGCUGGCUUCAGAGGAACUUUGAUCAGCUUCUUUGCUGCACGUGUGAUGCACAACCUUCACAUUGUGCUAGUGAUGGACAGCAGCAACUCCAGUUUUAUCCUCAACUGUGAGAGCAACCCAGCCCUGUUUAAACAGUGUGCUGUUCAGUGGAUGGAGGGAUGGAGCAGGGAGAGCAUGCUCAAGGUUCCCUGGAUGCUGCUGACUCGCCCACCCAAAAUUGAGGGCGGGUCUAUUGGAGAGGCCAAAGGUCACAAGAAGAAACUGUCUGGGGGGGAGGAGCUACUGAAAAGUUUUCUCCAUGUUCACGAGUCCUGUCAGGCUUUUGGCUCCACCCCCCGGCGCUACAUGGUGUUCCUGAACACAUACCAGUCUGUGUACCAGACCAAGAAGAAGAGCAUCAUAGACAAGCAGCACCACCUGCAGGCUGGUGUGUCCAAGCUGAAUGACGCCAAAGUUCUGGUGGAUGACUUGAAGAGGAAAGCUGGUGAACAGAGCAUUUUACUGGCUGAGAAACAAGGGGAGGCAGACGCUGCCCUCAAGGAGAUUAGUCUGAGCAUGCAGAACGCAGGGGACCAGAAGGUGGAGAUGGAGGAGCUGAAGAAAGUGGCGGCAGAGGAAAACAAAGUUCUGGAAAAAAGGAAGAAGGCAAUAGAUGUAGAGAUGGCUGAGGUUGAGCCGCUGGUUCAAGAAGCGCGUAAAGCCAUCGGCAGCAUCAAGACUGAGUCCCUGUCAGAGAUCAGAGCCCUGCGUGCUCCACCCGAUGUCAUCAGGGACAUCCUGGAGGGUGUCCUGCGUCUUAUGGGCAUCUUUGACACCUCCUGGGUCAGCAUGAAGAGUUUUCUGGCCAAGAGAGGUGUGAAAGAAGAGAUUCAGACUUUUGAUGCCAGAAAUAUUUCACCAGAAAUUAGGAAGAGUGUGGAGGAGCUGUUGAGGAAAAACAAAGAUUCUUUUGACCCAAAGAAUGCAAGACGAGCGUCGCAAGCAGCAGAGCCUCUGGCAGCCUGGGUGACCGCCAACGUCAAGUACUCUUACGUCCUGGAGAAGAUCGAGCCACUUGAGAAGGAGCAGAAUGAGCUGAAAAGAAACCUGGACAAAGCUGUGUCUAGGAUGUCCAAGCUGAGCGAGGCCCUGGGGGAGGUGGAUCGUAAAGUGGCCAGCCUGCGCAACAGGUUUGAGACCUUGACCAAAGAAGCUGCGGAGCUGAAGAUCAAGCUGGACAGGGAGAACGAGACCAUUGACGCGGCUGAGACCUUGGUCUCCAAACUUGAGGGGGAGUACCAGCGCUGGAACCAGCAGGUGGGUGAGUUAACCACAGAACUGCAAGUGCUGCCUAAGAGAGCUCUGCUGGCUGCGGCCUUCAUCACGUACCUGUCUGCUGCACCUGAGGACACACGACGCAACUACCUGCAACAGUGGCAGGAGGCUGUAGGUGUGGAGAAGUUUGACCUGAGGAGGUUCCUCUCUACGGAGAGUGAACAGCUGAUCUGGAAAAAUGAGGGUCUACCCUCUGAUGACCUGUCUAUGGAGAAUGCUCUGGUCAUACUACAGGUGCAUGAUAUUCCUAUUGGGAGUUCACUGCGACCUUUUCUGGUUGACCCGUCAUCUCGAGCCACGGAGUGGCUGAAAGUUCAUCUCAAGGCCAACAGGCUGGAAGUUAUUAAUCAGCAGGACGCCAACUUCAGCACGGCGCUAGAGCUGGCUGUCAGGUUUGGCAAGACCCUGAUUGUCCAAGAGGUAGAUGGAGUAGAGCCUGUCUUGUUUCCCCUCCUGAGAGGAGAUCUCACGGCUCAAGGUCCCAGGUAUGUUGUCCAGAUAGGGGAGAAAACCAUUGACUACAACGAAGAGUUCCGUCUCUUCUUGACCACCAGGAACCCCAGCCCUGAGAUACCACCUGAUGCUGCGGCCAUCAUCACAGAGGUCAACUUUACCACCACCCGCGCUGGACUUACUGGACAGCUGCUUGCUAACACGUUACAAAAUGAAAAACCUGAACUGGAGUUGAGGAAGACAGAGCUGCUGAAGCAGGAGGAAGAUCUGAAGAUACAGCUGGCCAAGCUAGAGUCCAGCUUGUUGGAGGAACUGGCCAAUGCUAAAGGGAACAUUCUGGAGAACAAGGAACUCCUGGACUCCCUCAACAAAACCAAGGCCAGCAGUAUCACCAUCACAGACUCCCUGGUCGAGUCCGUCAGGCUGCAGACGUCGCUGGACCAGGAGCGCAACACUUACCUCCCCCUGGCGGAGAGUGGGAGUUGUCUGUACUUUGUCAUCAGCGACCUGGCUAAGAUCAACAACAUGUACAGGUUCUCACUGUCUGCCUUCCUCAGGCUCUUCCAGAGGGCGCUGCAGUCUAAACAUGAUGGUAGUGGCACUGAGCUGAGGUUGAAAGCUCUGAGCUCAAAGCUCUUCAUGAUGGUCUACGAGUAUGUGUGCCGCUCCUUGUUCAAGGCUGACCGUAUGAUGUUUGCCAUACACAUGGUGCACGGCUGUAAGCCAGAGCUGUUUGAGGAAAAUGAGUGGGAAGCUUUCACUGGUAUGCUGGUAGCUGAUGUCAAAGCUGACAGUGGGCGUGGCCCGUCCUGGGUGGAUCAGGAGAGACACUCAGCUAUUGCAGCUUUCAAGGUGAACUUCCCAAAGUUGUACCAGAUGCUGGACCUAGAGGAUGCUGGCCUGUGGUCAAACUUUGCCCGCAGCAGUCAGUGUGAGCAGGAGUUUCCCAGCAGUGUUGAGAGGAAGGUCUCCUUGUUCCAGCAAGUUCUCAUCACACAGGCCACCAGACCUGACCGACUGGUCAGCGCCAUGGGCUUGUUUGCAUGCAGGGCGUUAAACAUGAAAGAACUCUCCCCACCCUUCAUGAACCUGAAGAAAUUGUUCCAAGAAUCCAUCGCCAUGGAGCCCAUCCUGAUAGUGAUCUCCCCUGGUGUGGACCCCUCACAGGAGUUGCAGGAACUGGCGGCUGAGACCAUUGGGAUAGAGAGGUACCAUCAGGUUGCCAUGGGUCAAGGUCAAGCAGAAGUGGCCAUGAAACUCCUCCAUGACUGUGCCAAGAACGGCAACUGGUUGUGUCUCAAAAAUCUUCAUCUGGUCACCUCAUGGUUACCUGCCCUUGAGAAGGAAAUGAACACCCUCCAACCACACAAUGACUUCAGACUUUGGAUGACGUCUGAAGUCCACCCCAAAUUUCCAACUGUUCUUUUACAGUCUAGUCUCAAGGUCACUUAUGAGGCGCCACCUGGUGUCAAGCGUAACCUCAUGAGAAGCUAUGAGAGCUGGACGCCAGAAUACAUCGCCAGGGGAGGCAACGUGCUGCGGGCGCAGGCGCUGUUUGCCCUGGCCUGGUUCCACGCUGUCAUGCAGGAGAGGAGGAUGUACAUCCCCCAGGGCUGGACCAAGUUCUACGAGUUCUCCACCUCAGACAUCAGGGCAGGGGCCGACAUCAUUGACAGGCUGUGUAAGGGAGGCCAAGAUCAAAUUCAAUGGAAAUUUGUGCAUGGUCUGUUUGAGUUUGCCAUCUAUGGCGGCAGGGUGGACAACCCACUGGACAUGGGGGUCAUGGUCUCCUACCUACAGCAGUUCUUCAACAGCUCCAUCAUCUCCCAGCAGAACAAGGGCAAAAGGCUGGGGCCUCUCAAGAUGCCCACCUCAACAAAUGUCAGGGACUACAUCGAUGUGAUUGAGGCGCUGCCAGAGUACGACAAACCUUCCUACUUUGGCCUGCCGGAGAACAUUGAGAGGUCAACCCAGAGGGUCACCAGCCUACAGGUCAUCAACCAGCUGCGUGUGCUGCAGCGCUCAGACAUCAAGGCCAGCAAGUUUGACAAGGAAGUGUGGGCUACAGAGCUUGGACCUAUACUUAACAUAUGGAAGAAGGUCAACCAGGGGCUGAGUCUCAUCCAAUCAAAGGUGGCGCCACCAUCUGAGAAAGCCACCAAUGAGUCCCCAGUUCUGACCUUCAUAAAGCUGGAGAGCUACAACGCCAUCAAGCUGGUCCAAUCGGUGCACGCUUCUUUGGCUGCCUUGAGCAAGGUCAUCAGGGGAACACAACUCUUGACCUCUGAUGUGCAGAUGUUGGCAGCUGCUCUUCUUAAUCAGGAGACUCCCCUGGACUGGCUGAGCAAGUGGGACGGGCCAGAAGACCCAGUCCAGUACCUGCGUGGCCUGGUGACCCGUGCGGCUGCCAUACAGACCUGGGUCGAGCGGGCUCAGUCUGGGACUCUGCUCAAAGAAACCCUUGACCUUUCUGAACUCUUCAGACCUGACACAUUCCUCAAUGCCUUCAGGCAGCAGAUAGCAAGGGAAAUCAAGUGUUCCAUGGACAGCUUAAAGUUUGCUUGCAGCUGGCGCGGGUCUAUUCAGGGCGCGCGUGUGACUGUGAAAAUUGGGGGUCUACAGCUGGAAGGCUGCACCUUUGAUGGCAGUCGCUUGUCAGAAAACCAGAGAGACUCACCCAUAGUUUCUGCGAUACCGCCCUGCAUGGUAUCAUGGGUGCCAAAGGAUGCCCCAGACCCAUACGGCAUUGAAGAGACCAUCUCUCUGCCCAUCUACUACUCCAGUACCAGAGACAGGAUAGUGACCAGACUGGACGUCCCGUGUGGAGGAAAUGUUGACCAAUGGCUGCAGACUGGGGCAGCACUGUUCUUAAGGAAUGAAUAACAUUAGCACAGGGUUAACUGUAAACAAAUGGACUGGGACUAUUAGAUAUGACGGAAUUCAGACUGGAUUUAAAGUAAAUUUCUGUAAUCUGUUAUUUGUUUUGAUUUAUUUCAUAUCAAAUAAAAUGUUUAGUUCUAAAUUUGAAAAGGUCAGGUCAAUAAUAUGUGGAUCUACGUGAUACAUCGUAUUGAUUUUCAUAUUGUAAUUAUUUUGUUACAUUUUUAAAAUAUUAAAUAAUUUAUUACUGCUAGUUAAAGUUUGUGAUGUUUUGAUAAUUUUUUUUUGAAUUUAAUAUUUGGAAAGAAUCUGUCCACUGAACCAUUAUUCAGCUGUUUAGAUCUACAUCUAACAUUCAGCUAUUUACACAUUUUUUUUCUACAUUCUGAAAGUAUUCUUUCAAAAUUUUUUGUUGUGUAAAAUAUAAAUAUACAUGUACUUAAAUGAAAUAAGCUAGAUGUCUAUUUUCUGAUAUAUGCCUUAAAUAGAGGUGUUUAAAAAACAUGUAUAAAGUUUGAUUUAUUUACCUACCCCUGAUGUCCGUCCACUGCAAGUGUUUGAAGCAGGUUGAAACUGUGAUAAUAUAUGGACCAUUUCUUGUGUUUAUUAUUGGUUAGUGAGUUUAGUGCUUUUAAUUAUUACACAAAUUGUCUAAUAAAUUCUAUUAUU